AAUGGGCUACUCUAUUUUACACAGAAAUUAGGCUAUAUUUUAGGAAGAAGUACGUCAUGCCUGCGUACAAUAUUACGACAAAUGGCAAUCAUAUGGUUAUUGUCAGUACUAUCAGAAAACAAAGACUAAAACGAACCAAACCAACGCUAGCAAUGGUUAUACUGGUGAAAAUAAGAGCAUGCUUAGCAGCCUAAUGUACGGCCAAAACUUAAGAGGUGACAUUUUACCAAGGUAUGCCUAUAGGCUACUGUUUUAAAUGUUUCAGAUUGCCAUAUAACUUGGUACAUGUAGUCCACAAUAUGCAAACACGAAUGAGGAAUUAUUUUAGCUUGUGAUUUGGCUGUUUCCAUUAGUUUCACAUCGCAAUGACAGCCGUGCUAAUGUUGGAACCCAUUUCCUCAGCGUAUCAGCAUAUUGAGAACGAAAUAGGCACUGACACUACCCAUAUCCACAUAGGUUUUAUUUGUCAAAUAUAUUUUUCCGUGUCAGUUCGAUUACACAUCGACAUACAGGCUAACGGGCAUAUAUUUCCCCCGUACGUAUGCUCCCAUUGACGGGCUCGCAUGCUAAGCAUUCGUUGCACGAACAUACUAGCUUUGUUAGACAAGGUCAUAGACUGUAUUUGACAAUAUAGUUUACGUAAUUAAAAAAAACGUAAAUGCCUUACUUACCUAUCAAGGACGAAAUUAGUAAUUUUGGCGCCAGAUGAAAAAAUCUUCUCUGCCUUCAAUUGUCUCCAUCUUUCAAAGGCAUCCCCGAUACAAAUCCUCGUUUUGUUCCUGGCUCUUUUAUGAAUAAGCAGAGAAUCAUAACGAGGCCUUUUAGAUUUACUAAGGUCUUACAUGUUUAGUAACUUUACCAGUGGCAGUAGCAAGACGGUAGUAUAUCCCGGCUGAAAUACUGUUAUCAGUUAUAGAGGUAUUCGAAAAGAAUAUGAUUUAUUAAUGCAUUUUAACAUAUCAGGGCCAUUUAAUGACUUGACAUUAAUUUUUACAUAUGGUACCUUUAAUUAAUUGAACUCUUGUUUCUUAUCAACUGAGGCUAAUGACAGUGUGCUCAGCUUUACAACAAAUCUAGAAGUCUCACAGGCCCUGAGCCUCCUGUGACCCGACCCCCACCAGAAUGAAUGUCCCAGCACACACACACACACGCCUUAACAGAUAAACCUCGACAGCUGUAGUGUGCGACAGGAGAGCUGCUAUUUUGGUCUUUCACCCAGCCAGAAAGAGAGCUGGAUCACACUUGGCCACGGAAAGUUCUGGAUCGGUGGCCUCCAGACUACUAAAGACGUCCGAGCGCUCCAGGAAGGAAGAGGGGUCGACAUGGCGCUGCUGUGCUACAACAAAGGCUGCGGGCAGACAUUUGAGGCGGACAAGAACAAGGAUGGUGAGCUCUUGCUGUCGUUUUAAGUUAUUUUAAGUUUCUCCAACUGGAAGAAGAUAACUGUUCCUACAAAAUAGCUUAAAAACAACAAUAGGAUGAUAAAAAGCUGUUUUACCUGCAAGUUCCUAGUAUCUGCAAAAAUAAAAAAGCCACAUGUCUCUGGGUGAAUGGCAGCCACCACAUUUCCUUAUAUGGCACACACACAUGUAAAAAAAAAAAAGCUGACUUGCCAUGUUGACUUGUCUGCACACUGUCCUAAAGAUUCCUGUGUCUUCCAUCCUGGAAUCCCCAUCUUCCACGAUGCCCUAAAGGGUUGGUCAUGCUGCCGCAAGAGGACCACAGACUUCUCCGAGUUCCUCUCCAUCAAGGGCUGCACCCGCGGGCACCAUAGCAACGAGAGGCCCUGCGAACCUCUUGUACCUGAGGUGUCAUCAGACAAGGCGUCCAGCAAACACGUCAACGGGCAGGAGAUCAUCUACCAGGGACCCAAAUCUGCUGAGAAGCUGAAGAGAGAGAGACCAAGUUCAGACCAGCCAAAGACCAAACUGCCCGUCAAAGUGUCACCGUCGCUGGCCAAGGAGCUGGAGAAACUGGAUAUCAGCACGAGAGCUGAGAAUGCAAAGAAAGAGAGUCAAGGUGUGGUGCAAGGGACAAGAUGCAAGAAUGCGGGAUGCAAAACAGUCUAUGAAGGCCCAGAAACGGAGGUGGGGGUCUGCACUCAUCACUGUGGAGGGCCAGUCUUCCACGAGGGUUACAAGUACUGGAGUUGCUGCUGUAUCAAGACAAUUGACUUCAACGCCUUCCUGGACCAGAAGGGCUGCACAACAGGGAAACACUGCUGGCUCCCCAAGCAGGACAAGAAGAAGGUGGCGUGUCGACACGACUGGCACCAGACGGCGAACAAUGUUGUGGUGAGCAUCUACGCCAAGAACACCAACCCAGGGAUCAGCUGCAUCGAGGCCAACGGGACGGUGGUUACAUGUCAGAUCCAGUUUGAAAACGACAAGCUUUUCCGGAGAGACUUCCACCUUUGGGGGGUCAUCAACGUCCAACGCAGCUCCGUCAACAUGAUCCCCUCCAAAGUGGAGAUCAACCUCUGCAAGGCCGACCAGGUGGCGUGGGGAAAACUGGAGGACCCCACCUACAAGCCGCCGCCGGAGCCCGCGGAGGACACGGCGGUUGAGGUCCCCGAGGCGCGGCGCCCCGACUGGGACAUCGACGAUGACGACAUCAGCGACUCGGACGAGGAGUGGGUCGACGACGCGCCGCCGAAGGACACUCGGGAGAAGACGGCGUGCGAGGGCGAGAGGCGGGUGGACGGGGAAGACAUGCAGAACGAACAGAGGAGAGAGGUGGAGCAGGAGAUGAGGAGAGCCAUGGAGGACAAGAGGAAGGGCGAGGAGGAGAGGAGGAAGCUGGAGGAACUGAGGCGUCAGGAGGAGGAAGGUUACGAAGAAAUGCCCGAUUUGGAGUAAAACUUCAAGAUUACCGUAUUUUUCGGAGUAUAAGUCGCACCGGAGUAUAAGUCGCACCUGCCGAAAAUGUAUAAUAAAGAAGGAAAAAAACGUAUAUAAGUUGCACUGGAGCCUGGCCAAACUAUGAAAAAAAACUGUGACUUAUAGUCCGAAAAAUAUGGUACUUUUUUUUUUUAAUGACAUUUGAAUGUGAAUGUU